AUGCUGAUCCACGAUGAUGACGACUAUCUCAGCCGAAUUAGACCCGGCACAAAGUCAUUCUACAAAUGCGACAUUCGGCAAGAGCUCUACCAUCAGGUAAAGCGAUUUGAGAAUCGAUUUCCCGGAUUAAUCACAGAUCGAAUCCUUCUCCAUGACCUAUGCAAGUUAGGUCCAAUUAUGAGCUCAGACGACAAACUUAACGCUGCAGUAUCUGAACAUAGGAAGUUUUUGUCAAAUUGGGAGGAGAAUAAGGAAAAACGAUUUCCCUGUUGGAUAUUCUGA